AUUACAACGAUGAUAUUUUAAGUAAAAGUGACUUUUUUUGCAUUUUUUACAAACAAACUGCACUUUUAUGGACUAUAUUAUUGUUGUAAUAUGUAUUACUGUUUUAAAACACUAAUAUUUGUGUUUAGUGAAGUCUCCCGAGAAUAACAAUACCCCCCAUGUACAGGUUUUAUUGUGUUUUGGAAAGUUAGAGAGUCACAUAUAAGGCUUGCAUUUCAUUUUUUUAACAUUGAAAUUUGCCAGAUUGGUUAUGUUGCCUUUGAGACCGUAUGGUAGCCCAGGAAUAAGAAUUACCCCCAUGAUGGCAUACCAUUUGCAAAAGUAGACAACCCAAGGUAUUGCAAAUGGGGUAUGUCCAGUCAUUUUUAAUAGCCACUUAGUCACUAAUAUGCGCUUUCAUUAAAACCUACAUUGUUAGUAUCAUGAGAGGCACACUUUAAUUUACAGGUUACAAAACUAGAAAGUGUUACAGUCUGCAUUCACCUGACAUUUUGCAUACUUCAUAUCUGCCCAUUAUUUUACACACCUGCAUCACAUUCAGUGUAAUAGAUACCAGCAAUACUUAUUAUUAUUAUUAAUAAAGCAGCACUUACACUACUAAUAUCCAGCUACAGUAUGGGCCUAUUGUUCCUGUAAGUUUAUUUGUAAUUGUCCUAUUUAUUGUUAAAUCCCCUUUCAUAAUAUUGUAAAGCACUACGGAAUCUGUUGGCGCUAUAUAAAUGGCAAUAAUAAUAAUAAUAAUAAUAUGUGAUCUUCUCCGCCUGUAACCACUUCAAAUUCCCCUACCUCGUGAACAUCACCUACCCCAGUCACUUCCGGUGAGGGGAAUCAGCUGGUUCCUGUGCUGCACAUGCGUGCUAGCACUCCUGCUACUCCUCCACAGCAAGGUCCUGGAAGGUAAGUAAAACUAGUUUUACACUUUCAUUAUAGUUAGUGCAUUCACUAAGCUUAGGCACACGGGACAUUUAGGGUUAAGUGAGGGUUCAAAUUAGGGUUAGGUAAGUGAUUCUAACCUCUCUCACACUCUAUUCUUACCCUAACCCUUGGGGUAAGGGUUAAAAUAAAGUGUGAAAAAUCUCAAUUUAGUGAUAUUCCCCUAAUGUGAAAUAUCACUAAAUAUGAACAAGUCCCUAAUCCUAACCCUAAUCUGAACCCUAAAUGUCCCAUGUCCUAAGCUUAGUGAAUGCACUAACUAUAAUGAAAGAGUAAAACUAGUUUUACUUACCUUCCAGGACCUUGCUGUGGAGGAGUAGCAGGAGUGCUAGCACGCAUGCGCAGCACAGGAUCCAGCUGAUUCCCCUCCCCGGAAGUGACGAGAGUAGGCGAUUUUUUAACGCGGUAGGGAAAUAUGAUGGUCAUGGUGUUUCAGUCAGGUAUGAGAACUCAUUAACAGAGCUGCAGCCCUUCACCGGAUAUUAUGUCACAUGCCAGUGAGUGCCAAACACUAGAGUCUGCAACUACUUGAAGUGUACUGAAGCACAGUGCUGCACUAACGGAGACACAAAGUUUGCCUUCUCUUGUGUUUCGAACUCCUUGCUCUGUAAAGGUGCAGCUGGUCUCUGAUGCUCGGUUACCAUGCGGUUCAAGUAUCGGUAAGCCCAAUAUACAGUGUGUGCACGGCAUGCUGCCAUUAGAGCUAGGCCCCAGGCCAUGUAAGUGGCAGUGGGCUGGUUUGGAGUGAGGUUGCUCAGUAAGGUGUGAUUUUCCCUGCAGGUACUUACUGUGUGAGCUGGUCCUGGAGGAUCCCCGGCUCAGGCAGAAUAUCUCCCAGGGCAUGAUCGUACAUAACGUGAGGGAGGCUCUCACCAGGACACAUGGCGACUAUGGGGCUGCUGCCUGUGCUGUGUCCCUGUCUGGUAAGUGCUACAGCUACUUCCUAGCCUGCAUCAUCAGGCACAGGGUGCUCCAUCCCUGACUGAUAUGUAGCUGUCAAAUCACUGGCUAUUAUGAUGAUAUACUGCUAUAAAUGUGUUUAGAAUGUGCCCCGGCUUCCUGCACACAAUUGCUUAGAACUGCAGCAAAUCAUUUUGGUACAAGACCAGACUGCAGACAGAAUGAUUGGUUGACCCACUUCCUGGUCUAGACAGAAUUCUGUGCAAAACCCGGAAAAGCAGCAAGUAGAGACAAUUGCCAUUUAUUAUUUAAUGUGUUAUCAGUACAAUGUUGUUGUUUUUUGUUUAACCCCUUAAGGACACAUGACAUGUCAUGAUUCCCUUUUAUUCCAGAAGUUUGGUCCUUAAGGGGUUAAUAAUAUAUAUAUAUAUAUAUAUAUACAUACACACACCCACCCAGCAUGGAAAAUGUUUGAUUUUUAUACCUUGCAGUAUAUGUGAGCUACAUACUAAAGGGCCAGAAUUUUCAUAGUUUGAAGCCUGGAUAUGUAAAGCAAUGUAUGGUGGAUCUGGCGAUCUUGGUGUGAGGCAUUGGAUAUACAUUACCCAGAUGUAAUGAUAACCUGUCACUCUAGGGAGAGGAUCGUCUGCUGUUGUGACAUCAUGUGAACAAUCCACAAAUUCUAUUUGAAUUGACUAUCUAUGCUUUAGGUACAAAGUGCAGGCUUUUUGUUUCCCUUGCAGUGAAAUACCUGAAUGCAUACACUGGAAUCAUUCUGCUACGAUGCACUAAAGAUUUCUACCAGCUCCUGUGGUCUGCUCUUCCAUUCAUCACUAGUCUAGAGAACAGAGGGCAGCGCUUCCCAUGCUUCCUAAACACUUUACAUGUUGGUGGUAAGAAAAUUUUAUUUCUUUAAAUAUAUAUUUUAAUUGGUGGAAUUACAUGAACCACUUCUGCAGUCUCUUAGGUUCCUUAAUGGAGCAAAGCUAAUUAUUGCAGUUUUUAAGAAACUGCAAUAAUUACCUUUUUCAGGGUUAACUCCACCUCUACUUUUGGUCACCUAACUGAUGCUGGACAUCCUCACACUAUGCAUGAAGACUUCCAGCGUCAUCCACAUCUCCAUAGGAAAGCUUUGUACAAUGCUUUCCUAUGGGAAAUUCCUAGUGCAAGCGCAGCCACUGACUGACAUGUGCGCCAGACCCAAGUAAGUGAAAGAAGGAUUUUUUUUUUUUUUUUUAAAGGGACACUAUAGUCACCAGAACAACUACAGCUUAAUGUUGUUCUGGUGAGUAUAAUAGCUCCCUUCAGACAUUUUCAUGUAAACACUGCCUUUUCUCUCCAAAGGCCGUGUUUACAUUGCCCCUCGGGGCACCUCCAAGUGGCCACUUGUAAGCAGCCACCUAAAUGGUGUGUUUUCACUAAAGGGUCUGGAAUACAUUUUUUGUGUUCCUGACCCUAUAAUGAUCUUUUAACAACCACGAGGGGGAAGCUAUAUUGUCUGGAGAAAGUUUGUUUUUUGCUGGCACUAUAGUUUCAUUUUAAGGAUAACAACAAUAUAUCUAACCACCAUAUUCUACAGAACUGAAUGAAAACCUAGGGUUGCGCAAGAGAAGUUUGGUUUUUGUCACUGUGACUAUUGUAGAAGAGAUCUGUAUCUUGGUGAUCAGAAGUCUUUUUUUUUUUUUUCUUCUUCUCAACUCAAUCCCAGGAUUUCAUGAGUGGGUUAGUCAUUUUCUUAGAAAACUCCAGACACCUUUUUAUGUAGCGUUAUUAAACAUCACUUGAUCAAUCAAGGAGGGCCUUAUAGAUGGCACACAAAGUAGCUUGUAUAUACCAUGUGCAAAUGUAAAAUAAACAUCUUACAAGUAUUCUAUGAGAGUGUAUACUACAGCACUGUUAACAAUGUUUUAACUCCCAUGAUGCUUAGCAUGCCUUUAGAAUGACAAAGCAUCAUGGAAGCUGUAGUCUUAAAACAUCUGGGGAACCUACCUUUUGAGCACCAUUUUUUGCUAGCAUAUAUUAUUGCAUAUGCAUUAACGUUUUUGUGAACAGAACACCAGGUGUUGACUUGCAUAUUGCAUCUUUCUAUUAGUCACAUUAAGGGAAAAACAAUACAUUUACAUGACAUGCCCUUAAACUUGAAAUCCACUUUGAAUUUUUUUUUUACUAAUUAGUAAAAAACACUGAUCGUUUUGGUUGUUUGACUUCUAUGCUUCUGCAGAUCAAAAAAGGUCACUUUGUUUCAUUAUAGGGACAAUACGCACGUGUCAAAAAUUCCUUAUUCAGUACAACAAGCAGCAGUUACAUCUGUUAUUAACGAAGUGCACCAGUGAUGGUAAGAAACCUUUUCCCAACAAUUCCUAACGGCACCAUAAAAGGCGUACUAAGAUGAAAAUGGAUUCUGAAGUCAUUUAUAUUGAUGACUCUUUACCUACACAGAUUCUAGUGCUAUUGUGUUUAGCAUAAUUAUCCAUGCUGUGAUUUUAAAGGAUCACUAUAGUGUCAGGAAAACAAUUUUUUUCCAGACACUAUAGUGCCCUGAGGGGUCCUUAUUCCAGCACCGACCUUUAUAAUUAAACAAACUCAUUGCUAUGCUGAAAUUUAGUUGUGCCAGAAGUUUGCCUUGGUCCUAUUCUAUAAAGAACACACUGUUUACUAAAGGAAGUCUCCUUUAUGUAUUAGAUAGUCAGUACAUCUAAAAUACCAUUCUAGCCUGCCCAGCCCAACAAGUUAAAGCGCUUGAGUGUCCUACUACUAUUCAAUGUUUAAGGAAUAAAUCUGUCAUUUUAGUGUGCUUAUAUAAAUUUUUUUUUUUUGUCACAAAAAGCUAUUUAUAUGAUUUAAAUGCAUUGGAUUAUUCACUAAAGUGAAUUUACGGGAUGAAUUUGAAGGGUUACUUUAACCCCUUUUGAGUAGGAAUCUUUCUUGUGUAAAAGGCCCUAUUGGACACUGUGGAGAAAUUCCUCCUCAAUUUGCAGUAAAACCUGAGGCAGGUGAAGGUUUAAUCACCUGGAAUCCAGCACUGGGCAAAGCUCCGCACCUCCAACGUUACAAGGGCUGCAUGCUGUCCAAUCACAGGCUUUUUCAUGCACAUGCUCUGGGCUAGAGUGUUUUAAAAAGCAGGAGGGAAUGCAGAGAUGGUGGGAGAGCUAGCUUCUCCUUGCAGGAGAAGUCUUUCAGCAUGCAAUGCGUGUAUUUUAUGCACAGAAUUGACAUCAGCCUGGAACAGAGUUCUGGGCUACCAAUAGCACGGAUGAUAGUGGAACUAGCCCAACACUAAACUAUUGCAGAAUGUCAAGCUGAAAUACUUUUUAUACUGGAUCCCUCCACCAUGAAGUGGUAAUGGUGCUUGCAAUAACUUUACGGUCAAUAACUAAACUGGAAAAAAAAAAAAAAAAACUAAGGCAGCUAUGCUUUCAAUUACUCUAGCCUUAGUUUGAAAUUCACUUUUAAGUAAAUAACCAUUUUGUAGUUGGCCAUCUGUUAUGUCUAUUGAUUGUUUAUACUUUCUUUUAUACAACCUUUUCCAUGGGAACUAUGCUCUGUAAUUUUCCAGCAGAGAGAAAAGCAAUCCAACAGUCAAUAGCCAGCUGCACCUUACAUAGUGUGGAAGAAGCUGAGUUUGUAAUGGGCAGUGAAGACAACAGCAUGGAGUGACUGCUGCUGCAUAAGAUUCCAACACUGCAUGAUCUGGCAGUGACAGCGUUGAUCUAUGAAGGUUCAGUUAUAUGCAACCAUCUACAUGUGUGCAUAGUGUUUAUAGUAAACCCAAUUUCCACACUAGUUGUGGCAAAAAUAGCAAUAUAUUUUGAAUGCUCUGUUUAGGGUAAAAAGACUUGCAUAUAAACUUAUUUUGUAAUGCUCAGUUAAGUUUUGCUAUAUUUAAUAAAUGUUAAAGUUUUAGGUUUAGUUAUGGGGGUCUCCAUAUUUGGCACACAUGGCUUACUGGAGCAGUACUAGGUAUAGUUAGACUCUGAUACCCAGUGACUGUACUAAAAUGUGGAAUAGUAUAAGUGAAAUUAAAGCAGGUUGUGAUAUCAAGUCGUGGUAUUGGACAAUGUUCUACAUAUGAUAAAUACUAACCUCAAUUCAGCUGUAUAUGCUCUACUCAUGCACUGAAAUGAGCCUGAAUCAUAAAUGGAAAACAGGACAUAAAAUAAGCUGUGUAACCAAACAGCCCAAGUAUUAGUUAUCUAGGGCAGUGAUUCCCAAACCAGUCCUGGUUUUCUCCAUUGUAUUACAACAGGGAAAUACAUAAAUUCAUGAUUGUUAAAGGGACACUCCAGGCACCCAGACCACUUCUGCCCAUUGGAGUGGUCUGGGUGCCAACUCCCACUACUCUUAACCAGGCAAGUUUAAUUAUUGCAGUUUUUUUAUAAACUGCAAUAAUUACCUUGCAGGGUUAACUCCACCUCUAGUGGGGGGGGGGGGGAGAGCCAGGAGUCAGAGACCCAACUUUAGGGUUAAACUGUUGCCAGGCCAUUUUUACUUCUGAACAUAACUGUCCGGACACUUUCUCCUAUAACAAGAGUGGUUAAACUAUAGGGGUGGCAAUGUUUCUUCAUUGGAACCUCAAAACUUCAAUUCUCUAACUGCUUCUUUUCCCAUUUAACGUAGCUAUAUGUUGCACUUACAUUUUAAAAUGGUUCAGAAUUUGUGGUCCACUUUUACAUAUGGCGCAAAGUAAAUCCACA